GUGAUUUUGUCUCGACGAUGUUCAGUGAAUAUUUCGCUUUAUGAAGGCUGAUAAAAGAAUUGUUACUAAUGAUCAAAGUCGGUGGCAAUGAAAUAAAAUGUCGUUUGUUACGAAUGUUUGCGACUGGCUCUGAUCGAGGCAUCGGUUAAAAUGACCAAAAGCUGUGCAUUUCAAUUCUUCAUCCGACACAUCGAAGAAUUGUAAAUGAUCAUGACGACUUUAAAUUCGACGAAUGACUUGACGAGAAACUCGUCGACAAACUUAGCGGAAGUUGAAGUUCUCGAAGGACUUUUGGAGCCACUUCCGAUAUGGAAAAAUAUAACGAAUUUGAUAGAGGAAUCAGGGCCUCUCGCGGCAAAUUGGACAAAUUUAACGGAACUUCAGUAUCUUGAAAAUAUCUUAGGGCCACAAUAUUUGCCGCUCGACGUGACAGUGCCUCUGACAGUAGUAUAUACUACCAUAUUCAUAUGCGGGAUUUUCGGCAACGUAAUAACAUGCGUGGUGAUUAUAAACAACUCGACCAUGCAGAAUGCGACAAACUUUUAUUUAUUCAGUCUUGCGGUAUCCGACUUGAUACUUUUAUUACUAGGUUUACCAAACGAAUUGAGCGUCUUUUGGCAGCAAUAUCCGUGGAUUUCCGGAAAGCUAUUCUGUAAAGUAAGGGCAUACACAUCGGAGACGUCAUCGUACGUUUCGGUGCUGACAAUAAUGCUGUUCUCGAUAGAAAGAUAUUUGGCCGUAUGCAAGCCGCUGCACUUCAACGCCAUGAGCGGCUUGAAGCGACCAGUGUGUUUCAUUAUAGGGGCUUGGAUUGUCGCUUCGGUCUGCGCCUUGCCAUUUUUUAUAUACACCACAAUAAAUUACAUAGAGUAUCCUCCCGGUUCUGGAAAUAAUUCGGAUAUAUCGGCAAUAUGCGGCAUGAUGAAAGAACACCUGCCCAAGAACUUUCCGCUUUACGAGCUGAGCACCAUGCUCUUCUUCCUCGUGCCAAUGUUGGUCAUUAUGAUCCUUUACGCUAAGAUGGGAAUGCAAAUACACGAGAGCUUGAGAGGAACGAAGAAGGCUAACGUCAAUCAGUUUAACAAAGAGGCUCAGCACGUCAAGUCGAGACGAGGCAUCGUCAAGAUGUUGAGCGCAGUAGUGAUUACCUUUUUCAUAUGCUGGGCGCCAUUCCACAUGCAGCGACUGCUAUACAUUUAUAUGCACGAGGUCGACGCCGAAUAUUAUCCGGAUAUGAACGAAUGGCUGUACAUCAUCAGUGGCUGCUUUUAUUAUUCGAGUACCGCUAUUAAUCCGCUGCUUUACAAUUUCAUGAGUAGUCGAUACCGCAUGGCCUACAAACGAGUAUUGAAUUUUCAAAGAUUAUGUCAUUGGUAAACGAACGACGACCCUGGACCAAACCAGUUUUCGUCGGCAGAUUCCAAAACCAGUUUCAAUUUACGACUUGGUAUCAAUCAAUUUCAUGACUUUUAUAUCGCUGCAAAUCGAACUUUCGCGACAAGUUCGAACGGCUUGUAGUUCAAACUUUAAACGCUUCUUAAAAAUAUUGGAUAUUAUACCGUUACUAAAACUAAUUUAGUUUUCCUGAACAAAUAGAAUAAAAGAGCAUCGCGUAGUUUCGUAAACUUAAAACAAAUGAGAACAGCAACAUCAACGAUUUUUUUUAAUAAUAAUUUAAUAUUACGUCAAAUCUACAUUAGCAGGAAUAUGUGAAUAUUAAAAUUUUCUCGUAAAAUCAAAACACGAUUGUUACAUGAUAGAGAGAUAACAGUGUAGUCGAUUUGCGUUAUAGUUUAUAGUUUAAUAGAAACACUUUGAAGAAAACGUAUAUUUUUCCGCAAAAGGAUAACGACAGAGACAACUGUAUGUGAAUAAUUACAUUUCAUUACUGGCAAAGUACGUAAAGAGAUAUGUGUCUAAGCGAGGCGACAAAAAAUUUUUUUAAAACAAUCAUAAAUUUUAUCUGAGCAUAAAGGAUAAUGUAUAUACAAUCGUAAUUAUCUUAAUAAUAACAAUUAAUUUUGAAACACUUUUUAAUUUAUUAUUUUUUUUAUAAUAAUAAACAUAGAAAAAUACGAAACAAGUUUUUUCGCUUGCUAUAUGUACAUUUAUACGUAUAGAAGUCGAAUGGUCGCUUAACGAUCUACGAAUGUCAUUCAUUUGAGAAUACAAAAAAAGUAUUUUAAUUACCUAUCACUAAUUAAUACUUAGAUUUUAUUUAUAAAAAAUAAGGUAUUACAAAGUGGACGGUCGUUACGCGAUUUAAGCGAAA